GUCGGUGGACGGGGGUCUUCAGUCAGCGGACAGAAUGGCCACUCUGGAAAGUUCAGAGCCCAGAGCCGCCCUGGCCUCGCCCCCCGUCCGAGGAGCCGGAGAUGGAAUGGAAACGGAGGAGGCCCCCAAGCUGGAAGUGACCCCGGGGGACCCGGCCCCCAGGCGCCACCGGCUCCCGAGUCCCCGGAAGAGGCCGGGUCCAGCUGACAGCCCCGGGGUCGUGCAGCUGGGUCAGGUGCCGGCCGAGGGCGCCCUGGAGGUGGAGGCCGUCCGCAUCCGGGUCCCCAAAGCCGCCAUCACGCACCACCUGUCCGCCGCCAGCGCCAAGGUCCCCGCGCUCGGACGCCACAAGGGAGAGGCGCCGGCCGAGAGCACGGCGGCGGCCCCGGGGAAGGAGCUCUCCGAUGUCAGGAAUAAUCUGGAAAAGCUCGAGGCCUCGGAGCGGAGGCUGAGAGAGGACAGGGAAGGGCUCGCCAACCAGCUCCGGGUGCAGACGGAGGUCAACCGGGAGCUAAAGAAGCUGCUGGUGGCGUCGGUCGGGGACGACCUGCAGUACCACUUCGAGCGGCUGGCGCGGGAGAAGAACCAGCUGCUGCUGGAGAACGAGGCGGUGGGCCGGCACGUGGGCCAGCUGUCGGAGCAGCUGGAGCGGCUGUCCAUCCAGGGCGACGUUUGGCGCAGCAAGUUCCUGGCCAGCAGGGUCAUGGCCGACGAGCUGGCGGGCGCCAGGGCCACGCUGCAGCGGCAGACCCGGGAUGCGCAGGGAGCACUGCAGGACCUCCUGAGCGAGCGGGAGCACUUCCGGCAGGAGAUGGCGGCCACGCACAGGCUGCUGGAGGAGCUCCUGGUGUCCCUGCAGUGGGGGCGCGAGCCCACGUACCAGCCGGGCCCCGCGCCGCACAGCACUGCCGAGCUGGCCGCCGCCAACCACGGCCUGGCCAGGGCCAUCAGCGCCCACCUGCUGGGCAACGUGGGCCCCGGGCAGCCCAAGAAGGGUCCGGCCACCGCGGAGUUCUGCAGCAGCCCCGCCGAGAAGAUGGCCGAGACGGUUCUGCGCCACCUGGACCCCGUCGGCCGCGCCGGAAGCCCCCCGCACAGCCCGCUCCCGGAGCCGACCCCUGCCGCCCUGCUGGCCACCAAGAACAUCGGCCGCUUCCACCCCUACACGCGCUACGAGAACAUCACCUUCAACUGCUGCGCCCACUGCCGCGGGGACCUGCUGGUGCUCUGACCCGGGCCACGCCCGCCCCCGCGCCCGUUCAUGGGUGUGCAUGUGCACGUGUGCGUGUACAGUGAGGUCGGCGCAGCAGGGCUUUGGGGCCGCGGAGGAAGGACCAGGUGUAGGCAUGUGCCUUGCAUGCAGCUGACCCUGGUUCCAUCCUUGGCACCGCAUCUGGUCCCCCAGGCUGCCAGGAGGUGACCCCCAGUGCACACACACACACAAACACACAAACACCCGGCGCGCGCACACAGACACACACACACACACCCCUGAGUUUCAGAUAUUAUCUGGGUAUGAACCAAGUACACACAUACGGUUUCAGAUAUUAUCUGACUGCCAGGAGUUCACCCCCAGCAUGCACACACACACACACACACACACACACACAGUUUCAGAUAUCUCAUUUGCUACACAAAGCGUUUAGUUACACACACACACACACACACACAGUUUCAGAUAUGAUCUGGCUCGCUACACAAAGCAUUUAGUUCCGCUCCACACACACACACACACACACACACACACAUAUUAUCUGGCUUGUUACACUAAGCAUUUAGUCAUACGCACACCAGAGUUUCAGAUAUUAUCUGGGUAUCUCACACACACACACACACACACACACACACACACACACACACACACCCCUUGCCACACAAAGUAUUUUUAGUUCCUUCUCCCUUCAGGGUAGGACCUUUGGGGGGAAGUUUCAAGCUUUUUGGUGAUUUGGGGGCUCCCGGGGAAGUUUGCAGAAAUCCUCCGGGCAGUGGGGCAGUGUUGAUGACACAUCCUAAAUGCUGUACGACAGACUUAAAACUGAUUUGCAGGGGCCGGAGGGACAGUGCGGUGGGUCAGGCUCUUGCCUAGCAGGAGACAAUCUCAGCUUGACCCCGGCCAGGAGUGACCCCUGGGCGCGCAGUCAGGAACUCGGCCUGAGCACCCCUGGCUGUGGCCCCCCCAAAAACGAAAACUGUACUGCAGCACCUAAACAGCAGACAUUCACCCGCAUGUCGGGUCUGGUGCAGGGAUCCACGUUUUGAAUGGAUUCAACUUCGAACAAGGUUCUAACGACUAAGCUCAUUUUGGCAAAUCGAGCAUUACAGGAAUAUUCCGUUUCAUAUUUAUAAAACACGGGGAAAGCAGGAUCUUUCGAAAAAUACUGUAUGAACUCAAUGACAGGCGUAAUCCAGUAAUUUAUAUUGUAGAAUAUAUAUUAUUAUGGGCUAUUAAAUACCCUUUUGUAGGUCUUUAAAGAUAUCCACAAAAUGUACCAAAGUAUAUGAAUUAUAUUUGUGGAAAUGUCUAGCCACCGCAAAGUCUUUGAAAGUCAGAUGUCGUCAAAAAUGAUGUAUUUUAACGUCAAGAACAUUUGUGUUUGAUUCCAUCUAAGUUAUAUUUAUAGUUUCAAGUGGCAAUAAAUUUCUCGGCAAUAAAUUUCACUACUUUAUUUUCA